AUGGAUCCCGAAAAGCAUUACGUCGACGAUAAACAUGGUGCUGCCUUUGUUGAGAAGGCUCAGGUUGCCGACUACAAAGCCGAUGCUAUUGAAGCUGAGAAUGCUGAACAUGACAUGACCGUCAUGCAGGCCGUGAAGGCUUAUCCCAUGGCUUCCUUCUGGGCUUUCGUCAUCUCGUGCACCAUUAUCAUGGAGUCGUAUGACGUCUUUCUCAUCGGCAAUUUUGUAGCACUUCCUGCUUUCAUUAACAGAUACGGCGUCGUCAAUCCGGCAGAUGGCAGUUUGGUCAUCGAAACAAAGUGGCAGUCAGCCCUUCAGGUGUCUGGACAGCUCGGUGCUCUCAUCGGUGUCUUCCUCGCAGGACCUCUGACCAGCCACAUUGGAUAUCGAUGGGCAAAUAUCUUUGGCCUGAUGCUUCUGAAUGCCUUCAUCCUCGUCUUUUACUUUGGUGACUCGCUUCCUGUCAUUUUCGCUGCCCAACUUCUCGAGGGCAUCCCAUGGGGUAUAUUUAUUGCUAAUGCACCGGCAUACUGCAGUGAAAUCGUGCCCAUUCAACUCAGAGCUCCUGCAACCCAGAUGCUGCAGAUGUUUUGGGCUAUCGGAAGCAUUAUUGUUGGCGCCGUAACCUACGUCUACAACGACCACUUGGACGAAUCCGCAUACAGAAUCCCCAUUGCGCUCCAAUGGCUUUUCCCGACCCCUCUUGCCAUCCUCAUUUAUUUCUCGCCUGAAAGCCCCUGGUGGCUAACUCGAAAGGGACGUCUCGAAGAAGCAGCGAAAUCUGUGGAGCGUCUUGGACGUAAGGAUCAGAUGAAGACGACCGAGACUCUUGCCAUGAUGCGCCGUGUCGUGGAGAUGGAGAAAAAUGACGCACAGCCCAAUCAUAUCGAGUUAUUCAAGGGGACAGAUCUUCGACGAACUCUCAUUGUGUGCGGUGUCUACGCAGCACAGAAUCUCACUGGGAAUCUCAUCGCCAACCAGGCUGUAUACUUUUUCAGACAGGCCGGUAUCGGUGUUCAACUUGCUUUUGCUUUGGGUCUUAUCACUUCCGCACUUCAGAUGAUCUUCGUUAUGAUUUCAUGGAUUCUAACGACCUACUUCGGGCGUCGUUCAAUCUACCUAUGGGGUUCUGGUGCAAACUUUGUUCUCCUUAUCUCUCUGGGUGUCGCAGCAUCUAUUAACCAGUAUAGUGACGCGUCCUCCUUGGCGCAGGCUUCUCUGGGUCUUAUCGUUUCCGUUCUCUUUACGCUUGGACCUGCUCCAGCUUCUUGGGUUAUCAUUGGAGAAACCUCGGCUCUGCGUCUGCGACCACUUACAACCGGUAUGGGUCGUGCUACAUACUAUAUUGUUGAAAUUCCCUGUAUCUUCCUUGCCUCUUAUAUGCUGAACCCGACCGGCGGUAACCUGGGCGGCAAGUGUGGAUAUGUUUGGGGUGCCACAGCAUUCGUUUGUCUUGUAGUUGCAUACUUUGGACUGCCUGAGAUGAAGCAUCGUUCGUACCGUGAAAUUGAUAUUAUGUUUAAGCGUCGAAUCCCUGCUCGCCAGUGGACUAACACAAUCAUUGAUGUAAAUGACGAUGAGUAG